AUGCUGAGCUCCUUCCUGAGCCCCCAGAAUGGCACCUGGGCAGACACCUUCUCUCUACUCUUGGCUCUUGCUGUUGCCCUCUACUUGGGCUACUAUUGGGCAUGUGUGCUCCAGAGGCCUCGGCUGGUGGCUGGGCUGCAGUUUCUGGCCUUCCUGGAGCGACACCGUUCCAUCACCACAGAGACUUUCUACCCAAUGCUGCGGUGUUUUGAGGGGCGACUACAAAGCAUCUUCCAAGUCUUCCUGCAGUCUCGGCCCCUAGUCCUUUACCAGAGUGAUGUCCUCCAAACACCAGAUGGAGGCCAGCUCCUGCUAGACUGGGCCAAGCAGCCUGAAAGCAGCCAAGACCCUGAUCACACUACCCAGCCCAUUGUGUUGCUGCUUCCUGGCAUCACCGGCAGUAGCCAGGAGACAUAUGUGUUGCAUCUAGUUAACCAAGCUCUGAGGGAUGGCUACCAGGCUGUUGUGUUUAACAACCGGGGCUGCCGUGGGGAGGCACUGCAGACCCACAGGGCUUUUUGUGCCAGUAAUACUGAAGAUCUACAGACAGUCAUGAACCACAUAAAGCAUCGCUUUCCCCGAGCUCCACGGCUGGCCGUGGGCACCUCUUUUGGAGGGAUACGGGUGCUGAAUUAUCUGGCACAGGCCGGGCAGGCUGCAGGGAUGGUGGCAGCACUGACGUCUGCAUGCUGGGAUUCCUUUGAGACCACCCAUUCCCUGGAAUCCCCACUCAACCUGCUGCUCUUCAAUCAGCCCCUCACUGCUGGGCUCUGCCGACUUGUGCAGCGAAACAGAAAGGUGAUUGAAAAGGUGGUGGACAUAGACUUUGUGCUACAGGCCCGCACAAUCCACGAGUUUGAUGAGCGCUACACAUCUGUGGCCUUUGGAUAUCAAGACUACUGUGUUACCUACUACAAAGCAGCGAGCCCAAGAACCAAGGUAGAUGCCAUCCAGCUCCCUGUGCUCUGUCUCAAUGCAGCCGAUGACCCCUUCUCCCCGGUCCAUGCCCUUCCCAUACAGGAUGCCCAACACUCCCCCUACAUUGCGCUGCUCAUCACAGCCCGUGGUGGCCACACUGGCUUCUUGGAAGGGCUGCUCCCCUGGCAGCACUGCUAUAUGAGCCGCCUCUUGCAUGAAUACACCAGAGCCAUCUUCCAGCACCCAGAGGGGCUGCCUGACCUCAGGACUCUCUCACCUUCUGAGAACAGAAACAGCUGA